AUGUUGUCAACAUCGUUACGCCGGGCAGCAUGGGCUCCCAUGCCCCUUCCCGGGAUAACUCGCUCGGGUCAAAACCUUACCAGCAGCUUGCUCGGCGCAACCCGACCUCUGCACCAACUCCGGUAUUCCUCCUCAUCCUCCAAACCGCCCGUCCCGCCCAGCGAUGGCUCCCGACGAAUGGACACCUCUGCCCCGGCAAAGGGGGUCAACUCAACUAGCGAGAAGAGCAAGGCUAACCGCCGACGGGGGAAGGACAGCUCUACCCGAAACGGAUCUUCAAAGUCUAGCCAGCAUACAGCAUUUUCCAACCUUCCAAGUGUUCCCUCAACACAGCACCGACAGCCACAUGCAUCGUUCUUCUCCAUCCACCGGCCAAUCUCAGUGACGACCACUGUGCCUCCGACCUCUACUACCGAUGCCUUCGAAGCGAUCUUCUCGUCAAAGCGGCCGCUGAAGAACGAGCCGGAGGACGUCAUCUUCACUCUUUCUUCGGCCGUGCAGUCGAUGGAAACUGGCUCUCAGGGCAUGUCAGAGUCCGAAGAGCAGUUCCGAACCUUCAGCGAACAGGACGGCGAACUCCGCAUGUUGGAUGGCCCCGAUGCAAAGAUGUCUGUGGAGGAAUUCACCCGUCGUCUUCGCCCAUUCCAGCCCCCUCCCCCGCCCGUCCCGAUGGACACAUCCGCUGCCGAGUCCACCGACGCUCAGAUCGACAACGAGUACCAGACCUACUCGACCGUCCUGACUAUCCGCGAGGCUCGCCACGCCGAUGGCCGCAAGACCUACGAGGCGCACACGGGACCAUUUGUUCGCAGUGGAGAGAUGGAGGACCCAUCUGAUAUGCGCGACGAGAUCUCCAUCGAGGCGCCCUCCACCCCGGGUAUGACAUACAUGGAGCGUCUGCGCAACAACCACACCAUGCAUGCCAUCAGCACCAUGAGACGACGCAAGGCCAAGAUGAAGAAGCACAAGUUCAAGAAGUUGAUGAAGAGAACGCGUACCCUGAGACGGAAACUCGACAAGUAG